GCAGCGAGGGGAGGGAGGCGUGAGAACGCCUGCCCCGUUCUGUUUUCCGGUGUGUGUGCCGCUGAGCAGUGCACACUGCGUUUGCCUCGCUUCGGAGAGAAGCCCGCGCCCGUGACCCGGGAGGGCAGGGAGCCCCCAUCGCGGGGCCGGGGUCUGGCGUGCACCAGCCUCUUCGCCACGCUGCGAGUUGCAAGCCCAGAGGCAUUCCCAGCUCAGCACCGCGGAGGAGCGGGAGCCGAAGCGGAGCCCUGGCAGACGGCGGGUGACAAACAUUACCACCCCAGCUGUGCACGAUGCAGCAGAUGCAACCAGAUGUUCACAGAAGGAGAGGAAAUGUAUCUUCAAGGUUCCACCGUUUGGCAUCCCGACUGUAAGCAAUCUACCAAGACCGAGGAAAAGCUGCGGCCAACCAGGUCUUCCUCUGAAAGCAUCUAUUCGAGACCAGGCUCCAGCAUCCCGGGUUCCCCAGGUCAUACUAUCUAUGCAAAAGUGGACAAUGAAAUCCUGGAUUAUAAGGAUUUAGCAGCUAUUCCCAAGGUCAAGGCAAUUUAUGAUAUUGAACGUCCAGAUCUUAUUACCUAUGAGCCUUUCUACAGUUCGGGCUAUGAUGACAAACAGGAGAGGCAGAGCCUGGGAGAGUCUCCAAGGACUUUGUCUCCUACUCCAUCAGCAGAAGGCUACCAGGACUCUCGGGACCGGGUGAUCCACCGGUCCACCAGCCAGGGCUCCAUCAACUCCCCCGUCUACAGCCGCCACAGCUACACUCCAACCACAUCGCGCUCUCCCCAGCAUUUUCACAGACCUGGCAAUGAGCCGUCCAGCGGCCGGAACUCCCCUCUCCCUUACCGGCCAGACAGUCGUCCUCUCACUCCAACCUAUGCUCAGGCCCCUAAACAUUUCCAUGUUCCAGAUCAAGGGAUCAACAUUUACCGAAAACCACCAAUCUACAAACAGCAUGUUCUAAUGCAUGCAGCUGCCUUGGCAGCCCAGAGCAAGUCUUCAGAAGAUAUCAUCAAGUUUUCCAAGUUCCCAGCAGCCCAGGCUCCAGACCCCAGCGAGAUACCAAAGAUUGAGACGGACCACUGGCCCGGUCCCCCCUCAUUUGCUGGCAUAGGAGCCGACAUGAGACGCAGAUCUAGCGGCAGAGAGGAAGACGAGGAGGAGCUUCUGAGGCGCCGGCAGCUGCAAGAAGAGCAAUUAAUGAAGCUCAACUCAGGCCUGGGGCAGUUGAUACUGAAAGAGGAGAUGGAGAAGGAGAGCCGAGAGAGGUCCCUGACAGCCAGUCGCUAUGAUUCUCCCAUCAACUCAGCUUCACAUGUUCUGUCAUCUAAAACCUCAUCGCUCCCAGGCUAUGGAAAAAAUGGGCUUCACCGGCCUGUUUCCACAGACUUUGCUCAGUACAACAGCUAUGGGGACGUCAGCGGGGGAGUGCGAGACUACCAGACUCUCCCAGAUGGCCACAUGUCUGGUACGAGAAUGGAUCGAGGGGUAUCAAUGCCCAACAUGUUGGAACCAAAGAUAUUUCCGUAUGAAAUGCUGAUGGUGACCAACAGAGGGCGCAACAAAAUCCUGAGAGAAGUGGACAGAACCAGGCUGGAGCGCCACUUAGCCCCAGAAGUGUUUCGGGAAAUCUUUGGAAUGUCCAUACAGGAAUUUGACAAGUUACCUCUUUGGAGACGCAACGACAUGAAGAAGAAAGCAAAACUCUUCUGAGCUCCCCUGCGUAGACAGCAGUUAGGAAAAGGACUGACAUGGCGGUGACAUGUAGGAUGUUGUGUUGAGGCCCAAACUUGAUUGGAGAAUUUGCAAACUACUGUCCCUCCACAACAGCAAAACAGGGAGCCUGAUUAAAACACCCAUGAGCCAAGUACUGGGCCCACCACCGGCAACACUUGCCAAGAAGUAACGGGGUCGAAAUUUCCGUGUUCCGCACACUCGACAGUAGUGUUCACCUGUGACCUUUUGGAAUCAGCUUAUGUACACGACAAGAGUUACUCCUUUCAUUUCCUUUCACUGUUGUCUCGCAGGAGUGCUGACUGUAUGGGUCAGAGCCAGCAAGUGCCCUUAGGGUCCCACGUGGAAAAAAGCAGUUGUAAUCUUUCCGAAGUAGGAAUAUAUUUAUUAUGUAGCACCGUGGCAAAGAAGAAAGAGCCUAAGGGACGUAUCCAUGUGGUCGCACCACUUUGCACACCCCUGUCCUCACUGGCCUCAUGAGGCCCAGCCUGGGCCCCAGCAGGAUGGAAAUCAGAGUUGGGGAACUGGGCAGCUCUGUGGGAGUGGGCUGAAGGGCAGCCAAGGUCAUUUUUAACAAGCUCCUUUUUCUCUACUCUUUGCUAGGACCUGGUUGGCAAAUUACUUAGCUAUUACUAAAAAAAGAGAGAGCGAGAGAAAGGAGAGGGAAAAGGAAUGAAAGGAAUAUCUCCCUUAAUUCUUUUUCUGCUUCACCUGGUGCACUUCUUUCUGCCUCCUCACCAAGGACGGGAGCUGUCACAGGCCCCCAUGGAAAGGAAAGGAAAGGGAGAAAUGAUUUCCCGUUGUGUGCUGUUACAUGAUUUUUGCCCCAGGGCCACAGCACUCUUGGCAAAAAAAAGAAAGAAAGAGAGAAAGAGAAAGAAAGAAAAAAAGAAAGAAAGAAAAUUCUGUGUCCCGCCAAUGCAAGUUCUUCCACCCUGCAUCCUCUGCUCCUCACCCACCGUCCUCUGAAUCUGAUCAAGCCCACAUGGAUUUUGGAUUUUUUGGAGGUCUUUUCAGUAGUAGGCUAAGGAAAGGCAUGCUUUUCGCUUGGAAAUCUCUGCAACUCCAGGGUAUAUUGCCUCAGAUUGAUUUAAUUUGGCCUUUUCAGCUUUCCUUCUUGCCCAACUCUAUUGACUUCAUGGUGUGUGUGUGUGCGCGCGUGCACAUAGUGUGUAAGUGACCGCACCCAGGGUGGUGUGGGGAGUCUGCACGUUCUUGUACAUUUCAUCUCUGCUUGAAUGUUUGUGCUGCUGUGCUGCAGCUUCUGAGGACCGUUUGCACACGUGUACAUGACUCAGAGGUCAGGACUGAGGCUAAACUGCACCCGACAGGGCAUCCUUCGUGGAAGGGUGUCAGUGUUAGAAGCCAGCGUGCCCCGCGAUCCAUGUAGCUUGAGUCAGCAGCACGGUGAAGACCCCAGACCUCAGAUGAGGCUGUACGUGGAUAUUGGAGCAUUACACCUGAGUCCACAAAUUCAGCAACCCAAGAUUCAAAGGGGAGCCUAGGAUUUCACCAAAACCCCUUCACGAUUCCUGGACGCCUCUGGCCGUGACUCAAGUGAGCGGUGAGGCGGACAAGGGAGGGUAUCUCCAUCCAGCUCCACACAUGGGUGGUUUUCACCUUUAUUCUCGCGCUUUGGGGGCUCUGCCUAGGAAUUUAAACUCUGCUUUAAAGCCAAAGGAGAAAUCGUUCGAAUUCUCUUCCUAUGCCACUACUAAUAAAAGCUCAGAAAUUCUUCCUGCUGCCACCAAGUAUUCGAAUAGUUAGUAGCUGAUCUCCCUGUUAAAAAGCCAAGUAAAAAUAGUUUCAGAAACUGUGCUGCAGACCUCUAACUUGGGACCCACUCGGUCACCUGGGUGCUGUGACGAGCUCUCUGAUGGCUUUACAGCCUCUCCUUUGCUCGUCCCGAAGGGAUCGAAAGCUGCCUGUCCUUUCGGUGCUGCACACUGAAUGUUUGAGGACUGUUCUCACAAAUACGAGUGUGUGUGUGUGUGUAUGUGUGUGUUGGACCUACUAACAUAUUUUGCAAGUGAUUCUGAUGGAGCAGACGUGAGACGACCAGCUCCUCCUUUGGCUGAAGCCCCAGAUUGCAACUUUGCAGUUCGGUGCCUUCAGUGGCCUCGUGCUUUAAUUCAAUAUUUCUGCUGUCCCAUCUUCACUUUGACCUCUUCAGCAGUGGCAGCCUCAGUACAAUGCCUGCGUAUCCAGUCCUUGCUUUGCUCUGGCAAAGUGUGAGGAGUGUGGAUCGUGGUGCAUUCCCAGUAAUCAAGAAUGAAGAUGGCCAGAUGGGUCCCAGUGCUAAGCUGGUGGAGAGAAUUUUUUCAUUACGGGGACCAUAAAGGACCCUCAACGUUGUCAUGAGUUAGACCCAUGCACAUGCCAAGCAAAUGUCAGUGUGAGACAAAUUGCAGUGAUAGUUAAAGAUCUGAACCCAAAACCUCUCCCACCCAUUGGGAAACUCUACUUUUCUUAUCUCUUUUGAAUUCAGUUCUGCAUCCAACUUGGGGGUAGGGGGUGGGGUGGGAAGCUUCUUUCCAUAGCAAGUGUAUUAGCUAAUUUAAACUAUACCGUGCAAAAAUGCAUUACCAGAAAAUGUCAGUAGCCUCCUGUCUACAAGCAGAGCGGUGCUAUGCUCUGGGGAGGGGCCGUGGGAAACCAUAAUGUGGACUGGUUUCCCCAACUCCACUCCCAGCAGAAGGCUCCAGCUGGAGGGAUGGGUCAUGGGGCCACCUGGUUCUCCUAACUGCCAAAUCUAAUAUAUGGGUUACAAUGGCCUCUCCUUUUUUUUUUGUUUGUUUGUUUUGUUUUGUUUUGUUUUAAACUGGGCUCAGCAUGGUUAUCCUCAAAAUGUCCAGGCCACUGUACAGGAGCUCAUGUUCUCUGCCUGAACCCCACUUUGCAUUGCACAUAAAAAUUCCAGUUGUUAACGCAGUCCAAGGAACAGGGAUUAUUCACUCCAGGGGAGGAUGUGCACACGUGGCAAACCUUCCUGGUACAUACCCAAAGGGCUACAUUUUUGAGCGUUGGGCUUAUUUGUGAUUCUUUAAGCCACAACGCCUGCGUGAAGCAAAAGAGGCCUCUGACAGCGUGAAAGUCAGUGCUUCCUUUAAAGUUUCUUCCAGAAGAGCCAGGAUACCAUAUUUCUUCUUCCUGUGUGAUUAAAGAUGAGACCUUAAGAGCACGUGGGAAUUUGUAUAGCCAGCUAUGCAUCUGUAUUUCGGUUUGAGUUAAUUAUGAGAUGUCCUUAAUGUGACUUCUUUGGUGACUAAAGAGAAACGGCCUGUUCUCUGAAACUUCCAACAGAAAAGCCAGGGUUAAUGGGUCACACGGUGCACACUCCCUCUGCCACUCAUCCUCUCAAUCUGGUGAUGGCCGUCAACUCUACUUAGAGAAGUCUUGCUGGAAAUGUUUAUAAAAGUUUCACCUAAUUUCUUUACACUUUCAAGCAAACACCUUUUUCUAAAGAAUUGCUUCUCAGAUGAUUAUAUAAAAUAUAUAUGCUUUUGCAAGUUAAAAAAAAAUGGAAUUAACCACUUUUGACUAGGUAGGUCUUUCUAAAAAUUAUUUCAAAAAGCUUGGUGUUAGCAUUCUGUGCGUUGAAGGGGCAGGCGAGCCCUCUGUCUGACUGUCAGGAAAGGUGGUGGAAGGACGUGAACUCCAUGUAAUCCCUCCCACCCCCAACGUCCUCCAAGGCAAGCUCAGUUUUUACAAAUCACGUCUUCUACGUGACUGGUCACUGUUUAACCUACCCUUCCUAGGCCAGCCUUGACCUGACUUGAUCUUUAAAAUUAUUUUCUUUUGACAAACCAAGUGUUUGUGAGUAAACCCUACAACUCACUUGUUAGUACUCCCUUUUGAAGAGUGUUCUAUUCAGAGAAGAGAUUAUUUCAGGCUUGAGAUUUUUUCUGUGACACCAGCUUAUUGUGAUAACGUACAUUAAGGAAACUAGCCAACUAUGCUAUAAUGAAAGAAAGAGAAACUUUUACUCUGGCUUUAAAAAAAAAAAAUCACUCUUUCCAUUUGCUGCCCUGGAAGCCAUGAGGAGAUGGUGAUUGAUAUGCUUUGCAUAUGGAUUUUUAUGUUUUCAUUUGGGUGAGUUUAAUUUAUGGCAAACUCAAAAGGAAAGGGGGAAGUGGUCAAUUUCAGCUGAAAGAAACUUUCUAAACAGUCUGUAAACACAGCAAAAUUAAACAAAUGAAACGUUUUCUGAUGGUUGGUGUAAUGGACUGGCAAUUGUUAUGAUUAAAUGAAAUUCAUCCCAAAAGUGUCUCUCUCAAGAGCGAAGAUCUCGCAAGUCACUUUCGGAACCCAUUCACCAAAGGUAGCGGGAUACAAUACCGUAUCCACUACGGUUCAGAAAGGUGGGGAGCCACUUUAUGAUUGUAUAUGCCUGUUUCCUGAUCCCAUGGAAGAGAAAACAAGUGUCCACAAUAUUGAUGUUCCUUUUGGGUUCUAUGUACAGACCCGUCCAGUAAUGUGUGUGGUGUCUGUGAGUUGCCGACAACCCUGCAUCAAAUCUCUUGGAGUCCUUUCAUUUUAAGUUCAGUUUAAUGGAAUUUUCUUGCAAGUGUCAGAAGACAUCCAGUUAGUUCUUCCUUCCCUCCCCUUUCAGAAUAUGAAAGUGAGUAUUUGGAAGAACCACUGUGUACAAGAUGUGUUGUGUCCCCCGUGAAAGUGAGUGGGUGUCCGUCCGUGCCCCGCAGACCGCGGGCUAGUGCAGAGGCAGGGGCGGCCCGCUGGCCCCGCAUUGCCGUGCUUGACAGUCCGACCUGCUCCACGCUCCUGUGCAAGCAGCGCUCGCCGCUCCCCGCCCUGUCCUCUCAUCACUGCUGUACACUCACCACUCAGUGAAUAAAGUGUGUGCUUUAUUCUAUUCACAAA